GGUUAGUGUAUUAAUGUGGAUUAGGGAUGUGUUGGCUGACGGUGUGGUCUUUCCGGGGCAACACACACCACCACAAGUAUGGGUAAGCCACGAGGACUCCGCACUGCUCGUAAGCACGUGAACCAUCGCCGUGACCAGAGGUGGCACGACAAAGACUACAAGAAGGCUCACUUAGGUACCAGAUGGAAGGCUAAUCCCUUUGGUGGAGCUUCCCAUGCAAAAGGAAUUGUUCUUGAAAAGAUUGGUAUUGAAGCCAAGCAGCCUAACUCUGCUAUCCGCAAGUGCGUUCGUGUCCAGCUCAUCAAAAAUGGCAAGAAAAUUUCUGCCUUUGUGCCCCGUGAUGGUUGCUUGAAUUACAUUGAAGAAAACGAUGAGGUGUUGGUGGCAGGAUUUGGUCGUAAGGGUCAUGCUGUUGGUGAUAUUCCAGGUAUCCGUUUCAAGGUGGUGAAGGUUGCCAACGUAUCCCUACUUGCCCUGUACAAGGAGAAGAAAGAGAGGCCUCGCUCUUAAAUAUCUUUACCCUCAAUAAAAAAAAAUAAACAUUCUCUAUUAAUUUUCC